UUACAUAUUUUUCAAUGACACGUUUAUUGUCGUCGAGCCGUACGCCGCCGCAGGUAUUGUAACGACACGGCCGCAGUGUCUCGCGAGAACCGCAGGCGCCAUUAUUAUAUUAUAUAAAUUUCCAAUUAACCGUCGUUGUUCGUGCCGCCGGCGACGAAGCUACGAACCUGCAGAAUAAGACGCGUGUCCCGCGUAUCGUAGCGCUGACGACGAUACAUUGUAAUAUUAUUACCUCCGCAGCUAUUCCGUUUCGCGAGAGCGCCGCACGAUUGUCGGUCGUCGCAAUUGUACCCACUGUACGCUGUCACCGGGUCGGAAAUCGCCAGCGACGCCGCCAACAUGAGGGGACACUGGAUUUUCGUCCUUUUGUGCUUGUCAUCGUUUGUCGGACAACUAGUGCUCGGCAGUUUGUUUCCACCGAUCCCUCCGAACGCUCAAACUCCAUCGCAACCAGACGCCGUGCCUCCACAACAAGAAGUCAAUUGGCCAUUAAACAAUUUAGCCACACCUGAAGUGAUUGUCGUCGGAGAACCAGCCACGCUCAAUACCAGAAGUCUCCACAUGGAAAAAACUAGAGACAAGCCAUUGGAAACCAGUCAAAAAGCCGAAGAAAUAUUACCAAAAGUCAUUGUUAUUGGCACUGAACAAAAAGCAGUCAGUGAAAUUGUAACCAGAAAUAAUGCAGAAAUGGAAACUAAAAAUGUAUCUUCGACCAACAACGGAUAACACUACACCAUUGUUCACAUUAAACAUAAUGUACAAUUUUUCAAAUUAUAAUAUAUAUCAAUUAUUAUUUAAUACCUAAAAAUUAAAAUUGGAGAAUGAAAAUAUAUUAAAUUACCUGAUA